AUGGCAACCCAAGAAGCCUCCCAAGUGAAACGUGAUCUCGAAGUCCUAACGGACACGAGGCCGGACGAUGUUUCUCUUCCCGCCUUCAUGGUUUCAACCACGCGGGGUUUCCUACCUCGCAUGGAACCAAUCGUCGACCUACCCUCUGAGUUCGAUGUGGUUGAGUCCCUGCUCACACGCAUGCCAGUCAAGACCUUGUCCGGAGCCCCGGGCCUUCUUGCCAGCGGUGCCCUUGGAGAUGCUGUCCAUGAUGAGCUAUCCGACCUAACGGACCAGGUCGAGAAGUAUAAGGACAACCUGCCUUUGGUCAAUGCCCUAUAUAGAGACUACUCCUUCCUGGCUUCGGCCUAUCUUCUCGAACCUUGUCACAUGAAGUUUGUCAAAGGGGAGGGCUACGGUCUUGCGCGAGAGGUGUUGCCCGUGCAGUUGGCACGACCUAUUGCCCGAUGCGCUGAACUGUGUGGCUUCAAGCCCUUCAUGGAGUAUGCUGGGUCAUACGCUCUGUUCAACUACCGCCUCGUGGACCCGGCACUAGGUCUUGAAUACUCUAACCUGCGCCUUAUCCGAGCCUUCGAGCACGGUUUGGACCCUUCAUCAUCCGAAGCAGGCUUUGUGCUCACUCACGUGGCUAUGGUCAAGCAUUCGGGCCCCCUCAUUUCGGGAGUCACAACCUGUCUUCGCACAAUCUCGGAACCUAGCCCAGAUCGUCGUGUGUUCAACAGCGGGUUGCAGGAGAUCCUGACUGCACUUCGCCAAGUCAACACUGUGAUAGAGACCAUGUGGUCUGUCUCCAAGCCUCGGUCCUAUACUUCUUUCCGCACUUUCAUCUUUGGUAUUACCUCGCAGUCCAUGUUCCCCAACGGCGUCAUUUAUGAAGGCGUCGGCGACGGUUCGCCUCAGCACUUCCGCGGCGAGAGCGGUGCCAACGACUCAAUGAUCCCGCUGAUGGACAACUUCUGCCAGAUCGGUAUGCCAGAUACGCCCUUGACUGAGAUCCUGAAGGACUUCAGGUCUUAUCGACCUGGUGAUCACCGACAGUUCCUGGAGUGGGUCAAGGAGGAGAGCAUCGAUCGUGGCGUGCGGGAGUUCGCUUUAGCGUCUAAUGCCACUGACGAAGACAGAGAGCCCGUCCUGGAGUCGCGAAGACUCUGGCUCAAGAUCGUGAACCAAGUCAGGGACUUCAGAUGGAGACACUGGUGCUUUGCGCGUGAAUACAUUCUUAAGCAGACAAGCCACCCGACCGCUACUGGGGGGUCGCCCAUCGUGACAUGGCUGCCCAACCAAUUGCAAGCCGUUAUGGAGGACAUGGUGGAAAUCUACGACAGCUUCGGAGGUAAGACCGGAAACCUCGGGGCUGAGUGUGACGAUAUCAUGGAUUUGGUUGAGAGGCAGAGAGAUGGUCUUAGAAAAGAGGUUAGAAAGUAUUGUGCUGAAAGAGGUGUCCCUGACCAUGCUUAA